AUGGUGCUCUACAAAGGAUUCAGGCAUGAGCGGUCCAAGGGGGACGAUGGACUCCGCACCAAUUACUGGUACCUGCAAAGGGUGGAUGGCAGCGAGGACUUGGCCGUCAUAGGCAGAGAGAUCAAGGGCUCUGGGGGCCAUUACAACUACAACUCGGCACCCCUCUUUGGAAUGUUGUCAUGGGUCAACUCCUCAGAAGUCAGGAGAUGGCUGCAGACAAAGAUAUCAGACACAAAUGCCUUGCGAUCAGCAGCCGCGGCAGCUACGCUGCCAGGACAAGAUGCACUGUACUCUGUUCCCCUGCAGAGUCAUGGCAGUGAAGGCAAUCUGCAGCUGGCGCAAGACUUGGGAAUCAGAACAAGCAACGCAACUGGAGGCAGUGACCUGCAGUGGGGCACUGCCUUGCUGGGCCCACUUGUGGGUGCACACAGCGGGGAGAUGGGUUUCAUCGCUGACAAGCACCAACGAAACGCUGUGAUUGGGCACACUCUCGGCGUGAUAGAGGGUCAAUUGGAUCUUCUCAGGCAACGGACGGGGAUUGAAUACACGAUGACCCUCGUCACUCAGGAGAAGGAGCUGCAUGUGUUGGGCUCCGCUGCCGCCAGCGUUGCGGUGUCAUCAGGCGUGGACAACCACGGCCUGACGCAGGGGCCAGACCCAAACAUUGAGGACGACGCACCCCCGCCGGCCUGGCAGCUGCAGACCAAGCGGGCCCUGACUGACCUGUGGAACCUGUCAGAGCUGGAAGACAGCCGCAAGCGCAUGGCAUCUGGGCAGCACACGCUGCCGCUGUCUGUGCCGCUGCCCUCCUUGCCCAUGUAG